UGCUACUCCGUACUUGCUAUAGCCACAUUUAAUUUCUUAGCCAUUCUCAGCACGCUAAGCAAUAGUAUUUCAUAUAUGGUUCAAUCAAAACGUAAUUGUGAUCGAAUAUUCUUUUUGAGUAUAUGCUAAAAAGAAACACAUAAUUUCGGGAAUAUGGGUUCAUGUUUCGUUUCCCAACACAUAACUUUGAUCAUCGUGUUGUUAGCUGUUUGGUUGUCCAACGGCGAGGAUCCAAAAUAUGCAGCAUGCUCUUUACCAUUUUCAUGUGGGAAGAUACGAAAUGUAGGGUACCCGUUUUGGUCAGACGAUAGGCCUGAGUACUGUGGGGUCCCACAAUUCAAGCUCAGGUGUCAUGAUGUUACAAUUAAUGAUGAGUACCCUAAGAUGAAUGUAUUCAGUGGUACUGAAAACAUUAGAUUUCGUGUGUUUGGGAUCAAUACAUCUUCCCACAGCAUGGUUGUUUCCCUAGAUAAAAGUUGUGUUUGGGAGAAGGGUAAUAAAACCUUCCUUUACCCUACAGUGAACCCAGAAGCUUAUCGGAACAUAAGCUUAUUUUAUGGAUGCGGUGAUCAUUGCGCCACCUCCAAUUCUUUCAAAUGCAAUCGCUAUGAUGGUUCCGAACAAGACACUGUUUAUUACUUUGAUGAUCCAACAGAUACCAGCAGCAAAGGUAGUAAGCCGUGCUCGUGCCGGAGCAAUGUUACUUUUCCGGUGGAUAAGAGAGUGUUCGAAGAGCUCAGAUCAAGCACAAAGGCUUCGUUGUGGAGUGUGUUGAACAAGUGGCCUAAUAUCACGAUACAGUACAAGGUCAACUUCACGGCCUGUUCUGACUGUGAGAGGUCUGGUGGCAGAUGCGGAUCAUCAGAGGUUGCAUCACCAGACUCUGCAUCUUCAAAAUAUCAGUUUUCUUGUUAUUGCCCAGAUGGAAAUGGAACUCAUUCACUAGUAUGUCCUCAUCAUCAACCAAUGCCAUUAUUCACUCCAAAAGUUAAGAGUAAAAAACUGGGGAAAGCUCUGGGAUUAGGUGUUGGAGGUUUAUUUGUUCUUAUAGCAGCAAUCACAGGCAUCUGGUACCUGAACAAGUCAAAAUCUGAUAAGACCAGGAGUGCCUCUCUUGACAGUAGUGAAUCAGACCUCGAAGAAGGAAGCAAAUACUGUGGUGUCUCACUCUUCUCCUACAGAGAACUCGUAGCAGCUACUGAUAAUUUUGAUCAAUCUAAAGAACUUGGCAGUGGUGGCUUUGGAACUGUUUAUCAUGGGAAGCUAAAAGAUGGAAGAGAAGUAGCAGUAAAACGUCUCUAUGAAAAGAACCACAAAAGAAUGGCACAAUUCAUGAACGAAGUUCAAAUACUAACUGGUUUAAGACACAAAAACCUUGUGUCUAUCUACGGUUGCACUUCCCCUGCUCAUUGCAAAGAACUCCUCCUCGUGUACGAGUACGUUGAAAAUGGCACAGUAGCUGAUCACCUCUACGGUGAAAACACAACAUCAGGACUAUUACUACUUCCAUGGCCUAUUCGUAUGAGGAUUGCAAUAGAAACAGCCACUGCACUCUCCUACUUACACGCUUCUGAUAUCAUACACCGCGAUGUUAAAACCAACAACAUUCUCCUUGACAGCAACUUCAGUGUCAAAGUUGCUGAUUUCGGGCUUUCAAGACUCUUCCCAACGGAUAAAACUCAUGUCUCAACAGCACCACAGGGGACUCCUGGGUACUUAGACCCAGAGUAUCACCAGUGUUACCGACUGACAGACAAGAGUGAUGUUUACAGCUUCGGAGUAGUCCUUGUUGAGCUCAUUUCUUCAUUGCCUGCAAUCGACAUGGACAGGCAAAGACUUGAGAUAAACUUGUCAAACUAUGCAAUGAACAGGAUCCAACGUUGUGCAUUUGAUGAGUUGGUAGACCCACAACUUGGUUCCGCGUUAGAUUUUAAGGUCAGAAGGAUGACUAUUUCAGUGGCAGAGCUCGCGUUCCAGUGCCUGCAACAUGACAAGGGAUUUAGGCCAUCAAUGAAUGAGGUUCUAGAGGCUCUUUUGAGGAUACAAGGAGCUGAUUAUGAAGCAUUGCAGUCAAAAGAAAUGGCUAAAAUGCAUACUAGUAACCCACCAUUGCCUUCCCCUACAGAGGAAGAUCAUGCGCGACUGUUGAGUAAUCAUCAGCUACAUCCGCUUUCCCCGAUGUCUGUCAUGGAUUCAUGGGUAAGUGGAUCAACUAUGUCAAGCAACAGCAAGUAAGGCGUAACUUCUAUUUUGGGGAGACACACUAAUUACUACUCCCUCCGUUCCUAUUUAAGUGUCCAGUUCCCAUAAAUAGCGUUCCCUUAUAAGUGUUCAGUUUCCAUUUUUGUGCAUACAUUUUUCUCAUUUUUCUAUACACUUUUCCCACUUUUCCACGCACUUUUCCCACUUUUCCAUAAAUCAUUAUUACUUUUUCUUACACAUUCUACAUUUUUUCCCACUUUUCAAUCCCCACAUCUUUUUUAUUUGUACUUUAAACAUUAAACAAUUAAAAAUUUUUUUCCUUUCAAAUAAAAAAAAACACUCUCAAUCAUUACCACUUACACACAAUUCAGUUUUAUUAAAAACCGCAUAAAUAUCCAAAGUGGACACUUAAAUAGAAACUGAGAAUUGCUUAGCACAUUGCUUAGCCUAUCUUCAACAAGUAUAUAUGAAAAUUGAAAGUAGUAGACACAAUGUAAGACACUUCAUUUAGUUGAAUGUACAACUAAUGCGGGAUAUAUAGGCCCUGUUUGGUGCAAACUGAGGGAGUACUCCGUCUCAUAUUACUUUGCACAAUUUACUAAAAAUUUGCGGGUGUUGGAUAUAAUGCAAAGUAUAAAUUUUAAACACUACUCGGGUGUAUAAUCCAAAUUUGCAGGUGUUGGAGUAUCAUUUAAUUUUGUGAAAAUGGAUUUGUCCCAAAUGUUGGUUUUCAAGCUACUAGUUAAAGGAAAUGUGGUUGUCCCACAUUGAAGGAAAAAAGAGGUUAUCCCUUGUAUUGUUUUUUUUUUUGGUGCAAAUGAGCCGCAAGGGCAAUAUAAAUUACAAAUGGGGGCGGGGGAAUUCGAUUCUGAGACCUAUUAUACAGGGUCCCUCAGUCUUAACCACUAGGCCAAGACAUCAUUGAUAGGUUAUCCCUUGUUUAAAUAGUGUACUCCCUCCAUUCCUUUUUGUUCUUCCCAUUUCCUUUUUUAGCAUUUCUUUUUGUUCUUCCCCUACUGAAUCUUUACUAUUUUUGGCCAUAGUUUUUUUACCAAUUUACCCUAAGAUUCCCCACUAUUUACAAAAAAUACCCUAAGAUUCUACCCUUUCCCACCCACUUUUACCCCACCCACCUUAUUUAAUUAAUUAACCUAACCCUACCCCCCCUCCCUUUAUUACCCGUCCCUAUCUCACAAUCCCUCCCUCACCUCUCAUUCUGAUUUCUCUCUCUCACCUCUUCGGAUCUCUCUCUCUCUCUUAUUUCACUCUCUCUCUCUCUUAAAAUUCCUCCCCUGUUCUUGAGAAAACCCUAGGUUUUCCGCCUCUGAUCUGGGUUUCCUCUCCAAAUCUCGCAAAUCUGAAACGUUUUCGCAGAAAAACGUUCAUAAAAAUUACUCGGAAUCAUUUUCCGAUCAGAUCCCCUCUAUUUUUGUCCCCUUUUUGGUCCCUAAUCGUCGCUGAUCUCUGUUUUUCUGGUACUUUAUGGGUUCUUCUUUGUCUAGAACUCGAGGUGAUUCUGGGGUGGGAACUUCUGGUCAAAGAAUCCCCGAUUCCAACUGUGAUUGGGGAUCCAAGUGCAACUGUCCCAAUAACGAGCAUUCCUACUCCGCCGAAUAUAAAAACAAUCUGUAUUUGGCCCAAAAAGAAAAUACGAGUACUCGAAACUAUUUGGAAGAAUGGUUUCGGAAGAGGGAAGUGGAGCCAGGAGAGGAGGUUGAGUCAAAAUAUGACGAUCGGAAACCCACUCCCUCAGAUCUGCGUUUUUUCGGUGAAGGAGAUUCCGAUGAGGAACCAAGUGGGUCUGAUUCAUUUGAUCUGGUGUAUGUUGGAGAGUGUGAAAAUGAGAAUGGUGAUGCUGUUGGGUCUCCAGGACAACUUUCAUCUGGUUAUCCCUCCUCAAAGAAAGGAGAAAAGGGAAAAAAAUCGGCUUCAGCAUCUGAUGAUGCUUAGAUAAGUCUGUCUCCUUUCUCCCUUUUUUCAUUUUAUUGAAUGCUGGCUAGCUGUGGAGUCAUAAGGUGGAUGCCAACAACUGUGAUCUGUUGUUGGCCAGGGGUGUUGUUGUUUGGAUGAUGAUGUUGUGAUUAGUUGUAUGGAUGUUGAUGUUAGAUAUUUUAAGUUAUGAUAUUGAUAUUGAUAAUGAUGAUUGGAUGAUGGUGUUUCCAUAUGGUUAUGAAAUUUUGUGGAAUGUUGUCUGUGUGAUGAACAUGAUUUGAUGGCUUAAUGUCCCCUGUUUUAUGGUAUGUUUUGUGUAUGAUAAAUAUGAUGCUUUGGUGAGUAUGAGAUUUGAUCAGUAUAACUAUGUUUUGGAUUAGUAAAGGCAUGAAAUGAAUAUAAUUUGGGGAUAGGGUUUGAGUUAUUUCAGUCCUCUCACUGUGGCCUGGUGUUGAAUGCUUAAUGUCCAAGCAUGUCCCUUUAGGAUACAAUAAUGUCCCUUUAUUUAUUGUGAUCGAUGAUGAGUCUUUUUUUUGCUGAGGAACAAGUCCAACUAACCACAAAUGCUCGUGCUGCCAUUAGUAUCAGUAAUGAUAUUUCUCGGGCGCUAAGUGUUUGUGGUUUGGAGUUGUUUUAAUGAUGCUUGGGGACAUUCUGAGAUCAAUAUUAGGAGGUUUGUGAUCUUCAAUGAUGUGAUUGUUGAUAUUCUGAGAUCUUUGUUUUGAUAAUUGUCCUUUAACUUCUUUUGUCGAACGGAGUGAAUGUCAUUUCACACAAUGGAAUGUGAAUAUCAAUCAUUCCGUUCGGCGGAAGAAUGUUAAAGAUAUGAUAGUAUUGAAACUACUUGAUCAAUGAUGUGUGUCAAUAUGUCUGAGAAAUGAAACCCUACAUGUUAAUGAUCUGUUUAAUGCUUCAUGUCCCAUUAAUCAGUGGAGGUCUGUGAUGAGUCUUUCAUUUGAUGAGGUUCAAACCCUAUGUUUUGAUCAGUUCAUGGUGAUCUGAUGCAUUGUUGAUUGUUAUUGUUAUGCUUGAUCUGUGAUGAGUCUUUCAUUUGCUGAGACUCAAACCCAAUGUUCCAAUAACACUUGUGCACCAUUAGCAUCAUUGAUGCUCUUCCGGAGCUAAGUGUUAGGGGAUAGGGUUUGUGUCAAUGAUGCUUGGGGACAUUCUGAGAUCUUAUGUCAGGUUAGA